AUGGGUCUGCAGACAUCAGGACUGUUCUUUGUCAUCUUCUUGUCUAAAACAUUUGGAAUACAGCUGGAUGGACAUGGGUACAGAGGUGUUCUCAUUGCCAUCAACCCAGCCGUCCCUGAAAUACCAGAUGGUGAAGAACUCCUUUUGAGGAUUGAGGAUAUGAUAAAAAAUGCAUCUUACGAUUUAUCCAAAACUGCUGGGAACAGGUUUCAUUUUAAGGAGGUAACCAUAUUAGUUCCUUCAAACUGGGAAGCCAAUGGGAACUACAGAAAAGCCACAACUCAGAGGUACGACAAGGCCCAUGUCAUUAUUGAUGAACCAAACCCCGCAUAUGGUGAUGAGCCCUACACCCUCCAGUAUGGCCAAUGUGGAGAUGAGGGCCAGUACAUCCAUCUCACCCCAAAAUUCCUGUUAGAUGACGGGCUUGUUGUCGUGUAUGGAAAUAGAGGUAAAGUGUUUGUGCAUGAAUGGGCUCAUCUGCGAUGGGGUUUAUAUGACGAAUAUAGUGAUGAAGAGCCAUUCUACAUGUCUGGAAAGGGUGACGUUGAGGCAACAAGGUGUAGCAUCAACAUGACUGGAAACACAUCUAAAGAGAUUUGUGAAACAGACCCAAAAACUGGAUUGCCUACCGCUGACUGUAAAUUUAUACCAGAUACCUCUGCAAAUGAGUCUAUAAUGUAUUAUCCCAGCUUAGACUCUGUGGUAGAUUUUUGCACAACGGAGACUCAUAAUGCUGAAGCCCCAAACAGACAGAAUCAGAUGUGUGGUAACAGAGCAGCUCUGGACGUGAUCCUCAACAGCUCUGUGGAUGCUGGAGUUCCAGAACCAUCUUCCCCCUUCCCCAAUGUGUACCCAGCUGUGUGGAAGCUUGAAAGCUCUGGGAAAACAACACUUGAUUGGUUUAAUGGAACCUUUUCAGUGGACUUUACAGUUGGAAAUGGUACAGUUAUAACCAUUAUCUAUCAAGCUUUGCUUCCCAGAAUAUCCAUCAGAAGUCCAAGUGGGGACUUGUUCAGUGGUUCAGACUUCACCCAUGACAGUUCUACAAAGACCUUAUCUUUGAAAAUACCAGGAACUGCAGAGCUUGGAGAAUGGCAUUACAGUCUACUUAAUGAGGGUAGUGCACAGGCGAUGGCAGUCACCGUAACCAGCCGUGCUGCCAGUGCUGAUGUGGCCCCUAUCAUAGUGAAAGCCCACAUGGACCAGACAUCCUCUGAUGGUAGCAAAGCCAUGGUGGUCUAUGCAUCUGUCACUCAGAAGGGAUUACCUGUUAUACUGGCAAAUGUCACAGCCACAUUAGAGUCUAACACAGAGAAGAUACCGCUACAGUUGGAAGAUAAAGGCACAGGUGCUGAUGCCUUCAGGCAUGAUGGCAUUUAUUCAGCAUAUUUCACUGAGAUGAAGACAGGAAGGUACAGCCUGAAAGUGAGAGUAAAAAACAAGGACAUAGCCAGGAUCUCUACUCACAGACACAAUGGAGCACCUUACAUCCCUGGAUAUGUGGUCAACGGCCAAGUGGUGAUGAAUCCCCCAAAGCCUCCUGUCAAUCAUGAACCAGUGGAGGUGGGGAGCUUCAGCAGGACAGCCACAGGAGAGAGUUUUGUGGUGGAGUUACCCCCAGGAUCUACAGGCCCUCCACCAUUUCCUCCCUGUAAGAUCACAGACCUGAAGGCCAAUCUGGAGGGAGACAACGUCACCCUUACCUGGACUGCUCCUGGGGCGAGCUAUGACCAGGGAACAGCUUCACACUACCAUAUCCACUGGAGCGAAGAUAUGGCCUUGUUGAGAGGCAACUUCAAUGGCACUCAUCUUGUCAACACAUCAGCGCUGUCACCACAAGAGGCUGGCUCCAUUGAGGAGCACUCAUUCAUCCCACACAAUUUAAACAUCACCAACGGAACCAUCAUCUUCAUUGCAGUUGCAGCUGAAAAUGUUGACUCACUGAGAUCGGAGAUUUCAAACAUUGUCCGAGUGGUGAAUUUCAUUCCUGUACCUCCAGUACCCCAAAGGUGUGCUAUGCGGCUCUACACAGCCUAG